AUGGUGCUGGUAACUCAAAAUGUAGUAGCGAAGAAAUUAUAUGAAAAUGUAACCCUUAUUGGACUAGUGUCUUUAUCACAAGCCGCAAGUCCCUUCGUGAACCAGAGAUACGCAAGAGCACCCGCAGGACAAGCAGACUACAACCCCAAAUCCUUCGAACAAGUGCAAUCGGACUCGUACGAGCUUCCCCCUCAACUACCCCUCAGUUUGGAAUUACCCCGCGAAGGCGUCGCUACGGUACCCUUUUUUAGCCCCGAACCUAGCACCGAUCUAAGGGCGCCUGUUUACGAGGAAAACCAACCGGACUACUACAAAUCGCCGAUUCCAUCUCAAAGCCUGGUGGCACCAGUUGAAACGGAAUGGAACCCAAACCACGACCCCAAGUUCUACUUCGAGGUACCAGCGUUGGUUACCAGGCAACAGUUGCCCACCAACCAGUUCCCCAAGAAGUACAACAAAGAGUUGCACACGAAAGAAAAACCAUUUUCCAGCAAGCCCAAACAAGAAAUCAUCCUUCAAGCCAUCAACGAAGCUGAGUACAUCACCAAGCAAAAGAAUUUACACAAAACCUUCGACAAGCUCGCCAAAAAAGAAAACCAAAGACAAAUUAAGGUAGCAAACGAUAUAAAUAAACCCUCUAACAAUCAUAACGCAGAACCUGUCGGAGCUGCGUCUAACAUACAAGAUCAAUCUGGUUUGAGUACUGACAUAACUUCCUCUUUGGGGAUACCUUUUCAUUCUGCUUCAUCUGGCGAAAGAAUUGAUUUUCAUAUGGUGGGUCACGCUGGACCAUACAGUUAUAAAUGGGGUUUUGAUACUGGCAAAGGUCACAACAGGCAGUUCAGAUUUGAAGAGAGAGACAAUGAUGGGGUGGUCAAGGGUCAUUAUGGAUUUUACGAUAAGACCGGUAAACUGCAAAUGGUCAACUAUGACGCUCAUCCCCAUAAAGGCUUUCAUGCAGAGGGCAACUUUGGAAACCACGACAAUUAAUCAAUUAUCAGCAAUAGCAAAUCUAACUAACGCUCAAUAAUUUUAAAACCGCUCUAGUGACUGUAGAUUUUAUAAUCUCCAUAGAAAUAGGGUCUGUAAUAUAUGUAUUUAAGUUUCCAUCAUGAUACCAUAAAAUAGUUGUUUUAAAGUUUUUGGGAAAAACUUUUAAAUUAUCGAUUUUAGUAAAAUGUAUUAGCGAAUCAAUGUUUUAUAUUGAUUUUAUGUUGUACUUAGCUUUAAUUAUUUUUAAGUGCUGUUGUGAUGUUGCUCUCAUGUUUUUAUUUUAAUAAACUAUUGUUUUAUAAAA